AUGGCUGCAAACGUCGGCAGCAAAAGCAACGGCAUAUCGCGUCGUGAUGAACUGGAGCUCAUCCGCAAGUAUGUCUACGGAUGCCACAUCCUGCACCGCUACAACGUCGUGGACGCGUAUGGCCACCUGUCCGUGCGCCUGAGCGAGACAGUCUUCAUGAUGGCGCGGUACAUGGCGCCGGCCCUCGUGUCGUCGACGGAGGACAUGGUAUUGUACAAUGUCGAGAGCGGCGAAGCCCUGCAGAAAGACGCACCCAAAGGCUUCUCUGAGCGCUUCAUCCACUCAGAAAUCUACAAGGCAUACCCCAAGGUCCAGGCAGUUGUGCACUCGCACUCACUCGAAGUCAUCCCGUUCUCCAUAUCGUCGGUCGCCCUGCGGGCGUGCUUCCACAUGGCCGGCUUCCUGGGGACCGCCGUGCCCGUAUUCGACGCCGCAACAGUGUAUCGCGAGAACCCAUCGGUCUCAGCAAGUCACGACAUGCUCGUCCGGAGCACGGAGAUGGGCGCAGCGCUGGCCAAGACGCUGGGACCGGCUGACGGCGAGGGGCUGCCCAAGUAUCCGGCUGCGCUGAUGCGUGGGCACGGCUUCGUGGUGACGGCGGACAGCAUCGAGAUGGCGGUGUGCAAGAGCAUAUACACGAUCCAGAACGCGCAGGUGCAGAGGGCGGCGAUUGGGCUGGCGGAGGAGGUGCGCUUCUUCAGCGAGAGGGAGGCUCACGAUGCGGGCAAGACGGCGAUGGCGGGGGCUGCGAAGCCGUGGCCGCUGUGGGUGGCCGAGGUGAAGAACAACAAGCUGUACAAGAACUCCGUGUGA